AACUUUCGACUUAGAUUAAAUCUACUGCAUGUCUCAUCUUUCACAUUAACUCACAGAACACUCACUCCACGUCUCUUCCUCACUCAUCAGUCCUUUUCCUCCCAUUCCACCAUCCUCCUCUGACUCCCAUGACUUCUUCCCCACGCUCCUCCUUUUAUAUAUACCCCUUCUUCCCUCUUCACCUUCUGCUACAUCACCGCAGAACCCCUCUUCCUUCAAUGGCUCGCUUCUUCACUUUUCUGCUCAUCUUCUCUGUUCUCUCUGCUUCAUUCUGUUCCUUUUCCGAAGCAAGAAAGCUGCGCGUUGGUGGACAGAGGAGCCGCCCCAUUGUUACUCCACCGUCGAGGGACAGUUUGUUUCUGAGUGCCCUUCCCAAGGGCACGGUGCCGUCCUCUACGCCCAGCAAAAAAGGGCACGCCGCGGUGGUCGACGAGAAACUCGUUGCUCGUCAUCUUAUAGUCAUGGAUCGACUUCUGCGCUCUGUUCCUAGCCCCGGCGCUGGUCACUAGCUUCCCCUUCUCCCUCCUUUUCGCUCCUCACCGCAUUUUUUAAUUUGUUCAAUUUUGUGACAAAUUUGAAUUCCUUCCAUGUAUUGCAGAGAAUGAAUGAGAAUUAGCUAGAUGUAUGCACCUAUGUAAAGCUAGUAUAUAUUGGUCUCUGUGUCGGGACUAUCUGUAAUCAUUCCCUUUUAGAUUAUGACUAAAUUAGAUAAGCAUAUUAGCAGGGUACGGUUUUGAAUCCCACAUCCUCGGAUUUAUGUCUUGGCAAGGAUGCAAACUUUUGCAUGAGUCGUUAUUGGUCUUUCCGGGAACAGAGGGAUUCUCAAAAAUCUGGUCAGCUUGAUAUCAAGGUGGUUUCAUAAAGGAGAUAUACUUUCUGCAAGCAAUAAUCUUCAUUUUAAUUAAAAAGGGAAGAACUUUUGAGAUCAUCCCCAUGAUAUACUAACGAAUCUGAAUAAAAGCAGCCUUUGGAUUCGUGGAAUGAUACCCACCAUUUUUUUGGAAAGUAAAGUGGGUGUGUAUUUUCAAUGUUAUGAUUGCAGAGCAAGAAAGGAGGGCAUCGCUGGAUGAAAUUGGAAAGAUUACAACACGUACACACACAUUCGUUAGUUUAGCUUUAGCGUAAGAAAGACGAAACGCGUCUAAGACCGGGCUUGUUUGUUGAAGGGAUCACCAUCGAAUGUAAAUUAUACUAUUCCUUGCA